ACUUUAGCAGUUUCUCAACCACACAGACAUCUCCACCAAAAGUAUCUCCUGCGACUUUCGCUUAAUUUGGUAUACUUAAAAACUCUCGAAAUGUCUGAGCUCGCCGCCACCUACGCCGCUCUCAUCCUCGCCGACGAGGGUGUUGAGAUCACCGGUGACAAGAUCAACACCCUUACCUCGGCCGCCAAGGUUGAGAUCGAGCCCAUCUGGGCCUCGCUCCUCGCCAAGGCCCUCGACGGCAAGGACGUCAAGGCCCUCCUCACCAACGUUGGUGGUGGUGGUGCCCCCGCCGCUGGUGUCGCUGCCGGUGGCGCCGCCGCCGCCGGCGGUGCCGCUGAGGAGGCCCCCGUUGAGGAGAAGAAGGAGGAGGCCAAGGAGGAGUCUGACGACGACAUGGGCUUCGGUCUCUUCGACUAAGCGUCUCGUCCGAAAUCUUCUUCUCGGAUACCGCCCUC